AUGUUGAACUUGCUAGAGAGAUUCACCAAGUUUGAGGAGGAUGACAUCCAAGUGCAGUAUCAUCCCAGUAGUCAGUGCCCAACGCAGGUUUUUCAGUUUGAGGAUUAUGGACGUGGUCUUGGCGCCCCCACAGUAGUUCCACCGGUUGAACCUGAGCCAUGGUACCCAUUCCAAACUCGGAUCAACUUCGAAGUUGUGGAGCUUGUUCUCGAAGCAGCACUCACUCACCAGCAGACGGACUGGCUUUUUGACCUCAUUCGUCGCACCAAGUCUGAACAGUUCACGCUUCGGAAUCGCAAAGAUGUACGAGAUACAUGGGACGCAGCUUCGUUUAAAUUGACACCUUUUGUAAAGGAAGAGGUAGUUGUGCCAUUUCAAGGUGAUGAUAAGACAUUUCAACUAUUCCAUCGCUCGAUAUGGGACUGGGCUGUGGAUCUCCUUCAGGAUCCCCAAGUUGGUCCACAUUUUGUCUUUGAUGCUGAACGGCUUUCAAAGUUUAACAGUGACAAGUUCGUUUGGUUCAUUCACGAGCCUUGGACAGCCAAUGCAUUCUGGGAGUAUCAAUCACAAAUACCAUCAGAUGCCAAGCCUCUCGCCUUCAUUCUUUACACAGAUAAAGCCAAAUUGUUGUCGUUUGGUCGGGUGAAAGGUUAUCCUGUCGUUGCUCGGUGUGCUAACCUUCCUGUUGCCAUUCGUAAUGGAGAAGGCUUGGGUGGUGGAUGUGUAGUGGGAUGGCUACCAAUUGUGAAGGAGGACAAGAAGCACUCCGGAAAGCCGGUAUAUGUCAACUUCAAAAAUGCAGUAUGGCAUCAAUCAUUUCUGAAGAUCCUUGCCUGCCUCGCACUGCUGUCGAAGUUUGGAUCUGCCAUUAAAUGCUGGGAUGACAUCAUUCGUAUCUUCUAUCUGAUCAUACUCAUACUCUCUGCAGACUAUGAAGAACAGUCUGUGAUGGCAUUGAUUCAUGGUCUGAUGGGAAAAUUCCCUUGCCCUAUAUGUUUUGUGCCUCGUGACGAGCUUUCUAAGACAUCUAAUAUUUAUCCUCUUCGCACAUCUGCAGGUGCAAAGGCAUUACGUGUUCAGGCCCGAGACUCCGAGAGCCUUCAUGAUGUUGAUAAUUCAUUUGAUACCAUGGAGAAUACUGAUGUUCAUCGGGCUCUCUCACAUGACAAACUCCACUUUAACGAUGGCGGCCUUUUCAGUGAUCACCUGUGGGCUGAACUGCAAAAGUGGAUCGAAAGUUCAGGUCGACAAGCUGCUGUGCAGAUUGAUAGUUCAUGCAUUUCCAGCUUUCACUCAUUUCCACACUGGCGAAAUCUCAAUCAUUUCGACCAGGUGACAUCAAUAUCUUUUUCUGAUGGAAUGAAGUAUGAAGAUAUAUCAAAAGAAACUCAUAAUGUAUUUCAUCAAGAUCAGGAUUCAGAGGCUUAUCUUCUGCUCCGUUGUAUUCGUAGCUAUGUGGAAUUCAACACAUAUGCUUCAUUAGACAUCCAUACUGAAGACACUAUCAAAGAUGGCCGAAAAGCUCUUGAAAAUUUGACUCAAUUGAUGGAUAAAUACAUCGAAGACACGUUAGACUUAAUUGACAAGUUGUGGAAUUUCCCGAAGAAACAUCUUUCUGCGCAUCUCUUUGACGAUAUUGAGGCAAAAGGUGUCACCCAAAACUAUAACACGAAACUGAAUAAAAAAAUGCAUGGCCCACUGAAGGAUGCUUAUCAGGAUCAUACAAACUUCAAGAACUUCGCUGAGCAGUUGAGCUGUCUCAAUGCGCAAAAACUCAGCCUACUCGACGCGUCAGAUCUGCCCGAGAUUGAUUCAGAGACUGAACUGAUGACAGAUGGGCUACAUUUCAGUCUUGGCUCACCACAGGCAAUGCAGUCAUUUGCAGAUGUCGAAGCCAGUAAGACAGGCAAUCCGGCCUUCAUUCAAUUUCGGAUCAAGCUGAACGAAUUUUUGAACCAUGCAUUCAAUGCCAACAAUAUACCAUUUCCCAAUGGGAGACGAAUCCAACUCGCUGCUGAUGACACGAAUCAUUCACAAAUCACUGAGUACCAAUUUCUUAAAGUCAACUAUGAAUCACUCGUUGACUGGCGUGUAUCUGCUGACUAUCUACGAUGCAGUCCAAUGUUUCACGGAUUGCCUCGAUAUGAUUUCGUCAUCCUGCAGACAGAAGUUAGCGUCAUCUUCGCACAAUUAUUGAUGGUCUUCACCUGCAUGGUCGGAGAUGUCCAAUACCCUAUCAUGCUCACUCUCCCAUAUGAUCAACCUGUUGGUGCUCAUCCACGGAAGGACAAAGAUCUUGACUUCUGGCGAGUUAAGGCAAAGCCUCAAUGA